AUGCUGAAGUGGUUCCAUGACACUCUCUCCACAGUUGCAAUUCAUUCUCUCAAGGACCCGGAGGAAAUUCCAGUCUCUGUGAACUACUUCCCCCACAGGAAAUGCAACUAUGCCUGCGAAUUCUGUUUCCACACCACGAAGAAUAUCUCGAUCUUACCUCUCGAGGAGGCGAAGGAGGGCCUACGCUUGCUUUCCGAUGCCGGAAUGAAGAAGCUCAAUAUAAGCGGCGGAGAGCCGUUUCUUAAGCCUGUAUUCAUCGGAGAGCUCUUCCGGUUCUGCAAAGAGGAGCUUGGGCUCGAGUCCUGUUCUGUCGUGAACAAUGGUUCCAAAGUGACCGAAAGGUGGCUGGACGAGUAUGGUGGAUACCUGGAUGUCAUGGCGCUAUCGUGCGACUCUUUUGACGCGGAGACGAAUCGCCUCUUGGGAAGGUCGGAGAAAGGAAACGCGAGUCAACACGCUAGACGCAUAUUCGAGGUCGCGGAGUGGUGCAGAGCCCGCGGGAUCAUUGUCAAAAUCAACACCGUGAUCACCAGAUUAAACUGGCAGGAAGAUAUGAAUGGGCCGAUCACGGAGCUCUCACCCUUCAGAUGGAAGGUCUUUCAAGUUCUUCUCCUUGAUUCAGAAAACACAGGAGAAGUGACGGGUUCGUUGAGGGACGCUCGUGAUCUCGUGAUCUCCCGUGACGAGUUUGAGGCCUUUCUCGAACGUCACAAGGAACAGAGCUGCCUGGUUCCCGAGGACAACGAAGCAAUGAAGGACUCUUAUCUCAACCUGGAUGAGGAGAUGAGAUUCCUCAACUGUCGAGACGGAGGAAAGAGGCCCGGACGAUCUAUCCUGCAAGUAGGCGUCAAGGAGGCACUCAAAGACGCGGGGUUUGACAGCAAGGCGUUUAUCGAUCGAGGCGGAGUGUUCCCGUGGAGUCGUAACAAAGACGUCCCGGAUUGGUGA